AGAAAAAAAACAAGAGCCACUGGUAAAUGAGAAGUUUUGGUUUCCGGGGAUCCCGAUUCCCAAAUCACAUUUAAUCACUUCCUCUGCAUAUUUAUUCAAAAAAGCAUUAGAAAUGUCUGACGAACCACCAAUAGUGCUCCCAACUGAAGAAGAUGGCCCAUUCUCCAACUGUGUAUCGAUUGCAUUUGUCAAUGACAAGAGCAUACCCGUGGAGCUACGAAUUCGAAAAGCUAUUCGUGGAAAAGUCACGUUCACUCAGGAACUUGUAGUCGCUGCACGUAGAUUGUACCUGGAUGGAGAGUUAGAAAGACCUGAUCUCAACUACCACGUUGCCGCCGACUUCUAUGAUCCAUUUAUGAUCCCGGUACCAGAUCACCGUAAUUGGGAGUAUAACCCUUUAUAUCCUCGGGAGUGGCCUAGACUAAUUGAUAGAGAUCUCGUCCAAAAGAUCAAGAUGUCCAAUACGUACAAAAAGAACCAGGCGAGAAGGAAAAGACGACGACUAUUAAGAAUCUUCCAUAGGAAACGAGGUGGAGAGUUUUUGAACUAUUUAUGGCAUUCGAAGGAGAAUGACGUGCACUACAAACGGUAUAUGGCCGCCUAUCAAUUUCCUCUUCCAUUCGAGAAAUGUAUCAGGGAUGUAGUGAGAGAAGAGCUUAAAGAUCCCGAAACAUCAUUUUCUAAACCACCAUCAGUGGUACAUCAUUCGAAGAUUCGACCAGCCACGCCUGAUUUGUUAAAGUUGGCGAAAUAUCUUGGAAAGGAUCGGUUUUGCUUUAUUGUGACACCAUUUAAAUUUCGAUCUCAAUUCCGUUUACGUUACUACAAGAAAUCUCCAUUCAAACGUUCAAAUAUUCUUGAGAAAUGGUUAAAGUUCAAAAAAGUGAGAGAUCAAGGUGUGUUCAACAUUCGAGAUGCCGCUCGUGAAGUGAAGAAGCUACUUCAAAGGAAAAACGUCUACCAUAUGACAGACCCGCAAUGUGAGCAGGAGUUCUGGGAUGUAUACAGACUUCAAAUGCAAUGGCUGGAAGAAGACAACAUCGAGGAAAACAUCACGAUGCUUCGAGAAAAUUUAUCAAAAGUGACAGACGAGGAAUUCAAUAGAUCCGUGUAUAUUAUGAGACCAGAGAAUCGAGCAUCUAUCCACGACGACGUCACAUUCACCACCGAUGCCGAAAUCAAUCUGAAGCCAAUUGUUCUGGAACUUUUUCGAAAUAAUAUGCCACUCGAAGAUAUCAGACAGGUUAAGGAAUGUAUUGACGACAUGAUUAACUUGACUGUCUGCCAAGAACUUAUACCUCAAGUUGCUACAAUUGAGACUGUUCGUGAUUAUUCUGGAGUUGAACAACAUCGUUUAAAGUAUAUUCGCCCAGAAAAUGAGCUGGAGAUAAUGUUCCAAUUAGCUACCGUUCUUGUAAAAAACGAGAAUACUCAUGAUCAAGAAAUCACUUCUCCAAUGUUUGCACUGCUUCGAACAGAACAAUAUUUGUGGUCAAUUCCACUUCGACCAUUUCUUCGAAUGUACACUGACUGGAGGAAAACUAAACUUAAUUUCAAAAAGUUUAGAAAAUUCUCCCCGGAAUUAGUCUCCAAAGCACCAAUUGACUUAUUCAAAGUGUUCCUCACAACUAAUAUGGAUAAGAAAGGAGUUGCCACAAAAGACACGGACUGCUUUGAUUACAGGACAGCAUCUGAAAUAAAGAAGCUUUACCAUGAAGAGUUUAUCAGAGUCCGACCAAUUAUAGAACAUCAGCGUUUUCACAGAUGUUACACCUCUGUAAUUACCGAAGAGCCAUUACCAAAUCCAUUCUAUUGGGUACAUAGGGGCCAAUGGGAAAAAGUUUAUGAAUGUAAUUGGAAGCAACGGGUUAAACCGCUAGCAGGUAGAUUUUCAUGGAAGACUAAACACCCGAAUAUUUGUGAUCUACCACGACUGGAGAAGGAUGAUAAACAGGAAAUGGAGAUGUUGGCUAAGAUGAGAGAGAAGAUUCGAGAGUAUAAUAAAGAGAAAGAGAAACAUCCUUUCUACGUUUCUUCCAGUCUUCCCGAGUUCGCAAGCACAUCUGACUUUGUGAAAUUUCCCAUUUCAAACACAGGAAUAAAAUAUACUGCACCUAGAAGAAACCAGCCAAAAGUUCAACGUUCACUUGUGACUUACACAAGGUUUCGCCUCGCGGAGUUGGAAGACAAGGAUUUCUCAUUCCCAGAAGAGAAGAUGCUUGAGAAGAAUCGGCUUUUGGAAAAAUUGAACUUUGAAGAGCGACUGCAACUUGAUGCAUUGAUGUCGAAAGAUGUGAAGUACAAGCCUCGAAUGAUCCCCGAGAAGGGAUUUCUGCAGUUGCAAGAUGAAAAGUUGAUUCUAAAAAGAUUAUGUGAAAAGGAAGAUGAAUGGUCUGGAAAGCAGAAAAGACGAUUCCCAGAUCUAUACGAGCAAGCAACUCAAGAAGCGGAGCGUCUAGGUGACCCUGAUGCAAGUACCAGCGGUACCAGCAACAAGGAACUCGGCCUUCUUCCUGUCUGGAAGCACGACGAUUUUCGUGAUUUGAAAAAAAUCAAUGUUCUAGGAUCCAAAGAGUAUCCCAUCAGUAGCCCUUAUCUUAUCAAGAGAUUGCACUAUGACAUUCACCUGGAAAUAGUCAGAGAUAAACUCAAGUCAUGGAUAUACAGAACGGAAUUAUGGGAGAAGAUGAAGCCCGUCUACGAACGAUUGAAAAGGGAUAAGGAAAAGCGUGAGAAAGAGUGGCAUGAGAUGAGAGCUGCACAAAGGGCACAGAAAGAGAAAGAGGAAGAAGAUCAGCGUCGCAUGGAUAUGGGUAUAGAGCAUGGUCAGGAAAGUUUAUUGAAAAGCAUUACCCCAGAAGUGGAGCAACAAAUACUACUCCCCAUAUCCAGAGAAAAUAGUUUUGAAGAAAUGCUUCCAGCUCCGCAAGAAGCAUAUGAUGAAGAUCUUGAUCAAGAUAUAGACAUUCAUUUCGACGGUGCUGAAUCAGUAUGUACUGGAAUUCGUCUUGACUCGGAAGAUCGUGAGCUUGUGGACUCUCCUGAUCAAGUUGAGAAUGAGGAGCCAGAGAGAGUUGAAGCAGUAACUGAGAAUAUUCGACAAGAAAUGUCGGACGCAGAAAUGAGAGAUCUGAUGAGGAAGAAACGAGAACAAUACUCUAUGCUUUUCCCAAAUGUACCACAGCCAUUCCAACCGUUGAAUCGAUUUGACGUGACGGCUCCCGGAGCAGGAAUCGUUCCCCCGUAUGAUGAAGCACCCGAUUUUGAUCUGUCCGCUUACUUGGAAGAGGAUCAUGUGAGGAUUCCAACAUUGUCGACAGUAGAGAUAAAUUCACUUUUAAAAGAUCAGGAUUUAGUUGAGGAGCAAGAAAUAGUUGAAGAAGAAGAAACACCACUUGUUGUGGAAGAGCCUGAUAUUCCUGCGGCUCCUGUUCUAUCGGCCGAAGAGAAAGCGUCAAGGAUUUCUCGCGAGAUGUCUGCACUUCGGAAACUUCCUGAUGCAGCUUUCAACUAUGCAAGUGAUAGAGAUGGCGUUGUAGUGGAAGAAGUGGAAACAAUAGAAGAGAUUCAAGAAAUCUAUAAUGAUAAAUUGGAGAAGAUGAUCGCAGCUCGGCUAGGAAGUAUAGCUCAAGGCGCCAACAUCGAAAGAUUAUCUGAAGAUCAACUUCUCGGGGAUCAAGGUUCAGAAGAUAUUUCUUUUGAAGAGAUUCAGGUUGACUUGCUGUUGGAAAGUGGUGUUGAGGUGCAAGUAAAUCAGUCGGUUACAAUUUCAAGAUCUUCUACUUCGUUCGAAUCACUUCUCGUAGAAGAUCCGGAAGAACACCCAGAACAGCUUCCGGUGUCAGCUUCAGAAAAAGCUAACAAUCAGAUUGUUCCAGAAGUUGAAGUUGAAGGAUCGGUUGUUCCGGUAACUAAUCAACAAGAAGAAAAUGUGACUUCAGAGGGACCAACUUUACAGGAAGGAUCAUCCAUCCCAUCGUCUUCACAUAUUUAUACUGUAGACGAACUACUCGGAACGGAGUCUCCUGGACCCGAAGCUACUGAAACCCCUGUCGCUGAAGAAUCACCUAAAAAGAAGUCUGGGAAAACAACACGUGGACGUCCGAAGAAAGUGAAAGAAAAUUUGAAGAAAAGAAUUCAGCCGAGAAGAGGACAGAAAGAAGAGGCUGCACAUGAGCCAGAAGUAGUAGAGGAACAAGAACAAGUAGAACCGGAAGUUGGUCCAGAAGUUGUACACGAACCUGUACCUGCACCAGCAGCUCAACUAGAAACUGAGCCAAUCGAGCAACAAAUUGAAGAGCCAGAUAAAGUUUUCGAACCAAUUAUUGAGGCGCUGCCGUUAUUUGAGACAUCACCCGUGCCUGCACCAGAGGGAAAUAUUCCCAGCCGAGCUCAUUCUAGCGAUGACGAUGUUCAAGUUAUCUCGUCUGAAACCGAUCCGAAUGGACCGAUCAAUCUGGUUGAGCAAGUUCAAAACGAUAAACUUACCGCGUAUCAGUACUCGACUGAAGAGCUGCUGGGUGAAUACGGAGAACUGGACGAAGCAGGUGCACCAUCGCCGUCGGAGAUUGUUGUACAUGAUGAGGUUCUACAAGAUGAGGUUUUGCAACCAAAUCCUAAAAGUUCAAAGAAACGAGGACGCCGAAGGAAGAAAACUCCACCGCAUAUUGCUAAGGCCAGAAAAGUUUUUACUUCGAUUUCGAAAACGGAAGAAAUUGAGCUGGCUCCUACUCCGACACAACAAUCACGCAAAAGAAUGGCCAAUGUCAGUUCCGAAGAAGCUACAGCUACAAGAAGACAAAAAAGAGCCAAAGUGGAAGAACCAAAUGAUAGUGAUGUUUCAAGAGUACUUACUCCGGAGCCAGAAGAUUUACAUGAAACUGAGAGGCCUGGGCAUGUAGGAGAGGAAGGAUUUGAAACACCAUCCCUAAGAACAGGAAGGGAAUCAACUGCAUCUAGUGUCAAAACAAGUAGAAGCAAACGUCUUUUCCUUUCCAAAAACAAUCCGGUUCCACGUAUGCGUAUACAAUCUCAAGCAGGUACUAAUGCUUCACCAACACCUGCCAGACGGACGGGAGUUGCAAGAGAUUCUGUUUCACCGGAUGGAGCUUCUGAGAAACUGAAACAACUCCCAAAAUCUGUGCAGGACAUAUUUGAGGUGUUCGAUGUGGAGAGAUCGGCAGAGAGAGGAGAAUCUGCGACAGUGACGAACUUAGAAGGACCAGUGAAAAUAGAAAUCGAAGAUGAAAACUGGAUGGCACCUCCAGCAAUCACAGAAACCUCUCGCAAAUCCAAGAAACGACUCCGUGCGGAAAAGCAGCAACAAAUUCUGGACGAUAUAAAACUUGAACUCAACGGAGAACCCCCGCAGAAACGAGAAUGUGAAAUUUUGAUGGAAAGGGUUCAAGUGAAAAUUGAGGAAGGUGUGGAGAAUGCGGAUUGCCGUAUUGUGCAAGCAAACUUCAACUGUAAAUCCGUUGAGGAGCACGAGACACUUCCGUUGAAGAUUAUUCGAGUUUUUGAGGAAAAUGAGAAGCCGGUUCACAAGUUUUUCAUGACACAGAUUAUUUGGAAGGAAAUCAAUGAAGCUUUCAUGACGGAUCCGGAGAAGUUUAUGCUUCUGGUACGCAUUUUGUUCAGUGAUCGAAACAUUAGUGGACAAAUUUACAAAAUCAGCAUGACCGUUACUGAUAGAAUCAAAGGUUUUGACGACGAUUUUAUCAAGCUGUUAACACAAUUCCCGAAGAAAUUAUCACAAGAGCACAAGCCACUAGUUGAUUACAACAAAUUAGCACACGCUCUUCGCGAAAAAGCUUCACUUCAUCUCAACAAUCACAAAAUCACUCCAUUUACUUUCCACGGAGUCAUUUCGAAUAUAACUGAAAUGAAGGAAAAAAUUAUUGGACGAUGUGAAAUUGGGAUGUUGACAGAUGGAGAUCGAGACGUGCUGAACUCAACGGAGAAUAUGCUACUUGGAGCAUACAUGAAAAGUGUGCUCCGUAUGACUGCACAAUCACAGGUGUCGUGGGCACAUCCAGAGUAUAUUAAGAGAAGAUUGGAAAUGAUCUACUAUGGCUGGCGGAUGUUCCUCGGAAGUGGUGGAUUCUUCCGUGUUGCUCUUGCCAUCAAUCGGAAGGACGUGAAGCCAAUGAGUCAACAGUUCCGAGACUUUUUCAUCGAGUAUCUAAAAGAUGUAAAUGAAAAUUAUGCGAAAGCGGUAGAAUUGGUCCAAAUGGAUGAAGACAAACUGAUGGAAGCUAUGAUUGAAAAAGCGGGUUUGUCAUCGAUAGAUCUGCUGGCUUUGGAUGAAGAUGUUCAGGGACAAGUUAGUGAGAGUCACAAACAUAAAUGCGUUCAAUGUUCAAUCCGUAACCAAUCCGUAUACUUCUCGUCAUAUUCACUUUUGGAGCUACACGGAAAACUUCACCAAAACCUGCACGAACUUGCUCCGGAAGACGCAGAUGACUGUCAAGAUUGCUAUGAAACGUUGACAUCAUCAUUUGAAGUUAUCGUUCAUCGAAUCAAUCACCAUCAUUCUCGUCGUUGCUUCUUUGCAGACGAUUGAAAUUAGUUUUACAAUUUUAUCACAACCAGUGAUUUUCGACAUAUCUGGAUAGUGAACUUGAAAUAUAUAUUAAUUGAAAAGAAAAAGAGAAUACAAAGAAUCUCUCAUGCCCCCCGUUUAUUAUAAUUAAUUGAACUCAUUCCCAACAGAUCUUGAAUUGUUUUGUUUUGUAUAUUAUGAACAUAUUGAAUGAAUUUUGUGAUAAUUAA